GGCCACACAUUUUCCAGGAUUCUGUAUAAUCCCUUCUGUUGAGAGAAUGUCUGCGGCGCAUCAGUCCUCGUGAGAGGCGGCAACGCCGAAGGAUCCACACAGCCGGCGCUCGUGGCGAGUCACGUGGCCCCUCCUGCCAGCCAAGCGCUGGAGCUGCCGGGUUCCCGACUCGCAGCUCGGCGGCAGUGGGCAGGGGACGGACAGAGUAAAUUAGACGCGCGCGCUCCUGCAAGACUUCCACGUUUGGUGAGCAAAAUUAAAGAUUUUAUUUUCUGCCCUUUAAAAUUGUUCACA